GUGUACUCAUUUGGGAUGACAUUGUUGGUUUCCGUCACUUUCCUGUUGCUGAACUGUUUGUUGAGCUGUAGUGCUGAUUUCAAUGCAACAUUAAAACAAUACAGGGAUGCAAACUUUGAUAGCCAAGCAACGCUUUUUGCGCUUAUCGAAUCACGUGCUCAAUACAACGAAACGAAUGUCAUAGAACAUUUGUUAGGAGAAAACCAAAGACUGGAUCGUUUAUAUCAACUGAAAUGGAUUAAUGAACUAAUAUCUUCGCCUGUCUUCCAGGCAAACGAAGUGAUUAACGCAGACACUAAGAAACGAUAUGCAGAUGAGUAUGAAAAGGAGAAACGUCUGCAUGAAUCUACUCCUUUGGACGUAGAAACUGGAAUACUUCAAGAGAAACUCGAAAAGAAAUGGAAAGUCAGAGCAAAAUUGAAUGCUGCUGAAGAUGCAUACUUAAAAUCAUCAAAAUCAUUGGCAAAGUGUGUGAAGAAAGAAGAAAAUACACCAGAGAAAGUGAAUUUGGCGAGUGGGGAGAAACAAAUUCGAGAACUGAAAAAGGCCGUCAAUACGCAGCUUUAUGUAAUAGUUGAAGCAUUCAAGCAAUUAUCAUUAAUUCGCAAUAAUGCAAAAUCUACUUUAUUAAAAGCGAAAGCUCAAACCGCUUCAGCGAAGUACACCAAUGAGAUAGAUGCACUUGUCAACAAAGUAGUCGAGGUGGAGCGUCAACGAUUUCAGUAUCUACAAUUACUUUGUCCAGAUGAAAGAGUGAAAGUCGUAAUAGACUCAUUGAUUGCAGAGGUCUACACACCAACAAAAUAAACAUGGUCUGCCAGCAAUGGAUCACUACACUGGAAGAACGCAUCUACAAUAUAUUGAAGUACUGUUCAGCAUGCUUUCACGAUAAUUUAAUUCUUAACUUAGUAACUCUCUCUUCGACAGAAACAUUGGCUGAAAUACUUUUCUCUCUGUUUUGUAACUGAAUUUUAAUACAAAUAAAUGUGUGUGUGUGUCAGUUUCAUAAA